CGAAAGCUGUGUAAAAUACAAAUAUGGAGAAACUAUCAGGUUUGGGUGAUCUGUCUGAGAUGUUACUCGCCGGUACCAAGGAGUCCCACACCAAACUCGAGAUCUCCCAGCUGGGCAGAGAUUUCUACAAAGGGAUCGUCAAAAAGGACGUCCUUAAGAAAGGCAUAGAGGCUCUGUACUUCAUCUAUUCGGCCAUGGAGGAUGAGCUGGAGAGGAACAAAGACCAUCCUUACAUCGCUCCCAUCUAUUUUCCUACGGAGCUUUACCGCCGCGAAGCCCUGGCCCAGGACCUGCAGUACUUUUAUGGAGUGGACUGGGAGAGUCUGAUAAGCCCGUCCCCAGCCACGACGCUUUGGGUGAAACGGAUUCACGAAGUGGGGAAGAAAGACCCGGGGAUGUUGGUGGCCCACUGCUAUGUUCGCUACAUCGGAGACCUGUCGGGCGGACACAUGCUCAACAACGUGGCCAAGAAGGUCCUCAGGCUCCCCGCGACGGGGGAGGGUCUCCGAUUCUACCAGUUUGAGGGAAUCACCAGCCACAAGGGCUUCAAGCAGCUCUACCGAAGCAAGCUGAACGAGGUGGACGUGGAGAUGGAGACCAAACUGAGCAUUGUGGAUGAGGCCAUCAGGGCCUAUGACUACUCACUGCUGGUCACUGCAGAGCUUGAAGAAAUUGGAAAGACCAGCAAAGAGGAAGCUACAGGUUUUGGACAUAGUCAUGGUGCCGGGGCAGGUGCCAUGGGAGGUGAGGGCAAGUGUCCGUUCUCUUCAGGUAAUACAGCUGCCGGCGAGAGCGCCACCUACCUCAGCCACAUACCCAAUCAGCUGGCUGUUGCCGCCCUGGUUGCCAUCCUUGCUGGCUUCACAGCGUGGUAUUCUCUGAGAGCUCCUUGAGGGAAGAACUUGGUGUCGUUUCAUUGCAAAUGGAGCCCAGCUGCAUUAAUUUAGUGUUAGCACUUUAUUAGCACUUUAGGGCAGUUUUUUUCAUUACUGUGGAUCAUAUAUAGCUUGGCUUCCAGUAUUGCAGUUAGGAAUGAGGAAGCUUUUCUGAUAAUAUAUGCAUGUUGUGUAAGAAUUAAAAUGCUUGCAUCAUGUAUGCCUGCAAACAGUAUUUAGAGAAGCUUCAUCCUCCAAAGAACAUUGAAACACUGAAACCUCUAGCAAGGAGGCUAGUUUUGUUUUAUAUCAAUAUACACUGAGGCUGAAGAUGCUCUGUACAAAUGUGUAUUUGUUAAACAAUAAAAAGUUUUA